UCUGCAUGCUCGUCAUCACAAGGACACAUUGUCUAUCCAAACAUGGCGGAGAGUGAAAUAUGUCUUGAUGAUGUCCGUCCCAAAGCUUCGCAAGAUAAUGGAGAAAGAAGUUCCGUACCGACCAGAGAGGAAUGGACCAGAAAGAGAGAGUACAUAUUGUCUCUCCUUGGAUACACAGUGGGACUAGGAUCUCUGUGGAGAUUCCCCCUACCUGUGUAACAGAAAUGGUGGUGGUGCGUUUCUCAUUCCUUACUUCAUUGGAAUUAUCACGUGCUCUGUCCCGCUCUUUUUCUUGGAGAUCACCAUCAGCCAGUUUUCAAGCAGGAGUGCAGGCCACGUGUGGGUCCUCUGUCCUCUGUUUAAAGGUAUCGGUAUCUCGCAGGUAAUGGCCUCAUCGUUCGGGAGCGUUCUGUACAAUGUCAUAAUUUGUUGGUCCAUAUAUUACAUCUACAAGUCGUUCUCGUCAGUGUUGCCUUGGACAACGUGUGACAACUGGUGGAACACUCCCCUGUGUGUUAAUAAACUUGGGAACGUUUCAUCCAUCAGCGUGAGCCAGGCCAACAGCACACAUCUAGAUGAUGAACGCCUUCUGUACUCAUCAUGGAGAAAGGCAAAUGUAACAUUGACAGCGUCAGAAGAAUUUUGGCAAUACGGCACACUAAGAGUGUCCAGUGGAAUCGACAAGUUCGGGUCAGUGCAGGGUGAUCUCCUUCUGUGUAACCUUGCUUCCUGGGUAGUAGUGUUCUUCUGUCUCAUGAAAGGCGUCAAGUCUGUGGGAAAGGUGGUGUAUGUGACUGCAUUGAUCCCGUACAUCCUGCUGACGGUGCUGCUGAUAAGGUCGUGCAUGAUGCCGGGAGCAGGAGAAGGGAUUGUGUACUUCCUACGUCCUGACUUCUCACGACUAGCCUCCGUUCAGGUGUGGUUGGAAGCAUUGCUGCAAGGUUUCUAUUCAACGAGCGUGACGUACGGCGGACUCAUCACCAUGAGCAGCUACAACAACUUCAACAACAGACUCCUGAAAGAUGUGGUGAUAGUUACUGUCGUUGGUCAAGCAAGUAGUCUCUUCUGUGGCCUCGUGGUCUUCUCCACUUUGGGCUUCAUGGCACACCAGGCGCAGAUACCGAUAUCAGAGGUUGUAUCAUCCGGUUCUGGUCUGGGGUUCAUCAUCUAUCCAGAGGCCAUCGCCCAGCUUCCUGUGCCCCAGUUGUGGGCAGUCCUGUUCUUCCUGAUGCUCUUUGCGAUGGGAAUAGACUCUAUGUUUGGCUUAACGGAAACGACCGUAGCUGGAAUAACAGAUUCGUGGCCUCAGUAUCUUCAAGGACGGAGAAUGUGGGUCACGGCUCGGGGUGUGUCUAGCCAGCUUUCUUGUGUCCAUUCCCUUUGUAACUGAGGGUGGGAUCUACCUCUUCCAGCUGUUAGACUGGUAUGCCUCCUCCUUUAGUGUUCUUCUCAUUGGCUGUCUCGAGUGUGUCGUCAUCAACUGGAUAUAUGGUUCAAGGAGACUCAGCAACGAUAUUGAGAUGAUGACGGGAAGGCGAUUUCCGCUGUUACUCAAGAUCAUGUCAACCUACUUGACGCCUUUCAUUCUCUUCGCCUCCCUGACAUGUUCCCUGUUUCUAUACGACCCACCAAGCUAUGGCGAGUACAUCUACCCUGAAUCUGCCAAAGUGAUUGGUAUAAUGGUUGCUGUGGUGAUGACUCUGCCCAUACCCGUCACAUUGGUGUACCAAGUUGUAAAGGGGAAGGGGAGCUGUUUCGAGCGUCUGAGAUUUGCAAGCAGACCUUCACCCGAGUGGAGACCAUUAGGAGCCAAUGACAUGAAGCUGUACACAGAAGGUCAUCUGCAGAGCAUUCCCCUGCAGCUGGGACAAAAAGAUCGCCAUUAUGAUUAACUGCAAUGUUGUUUUGGAUGAACGAAUGUAAUUAAAAAAGAUAACUUGGAAAGAUAACUUGCUUAUCAUAUGUGCAUCAAAUAUCCACAUGUGUCUAUGUACACAUGCUCAAAUUUAUUAAUGUAGAGGACGUAUAAAGUGUCGAUCCAAAGAAAUAUCCACCUAGUGUUGACCAUAAAAAUGCUACUAAGCUGAAAUGACGGUAAUAACUAUUUUAAAUAUUCAUUUACUGUCGUCUGUAUGUUAGAUCACAAUUAUUGUCCACAACGUGUUCAACCAAACCUGUUCUGAAAGGUAUGCAUAUUGCAAAACAAAUUUGAUCUGCCUAUAAAUGAUGAGGGAAUUUUAAGAAUGAUUCGCUCUUAUCAAACUGUGUACACAUUUAUUAACAUGAUUCGGUUAUAUGAUGUUAAUUUCCAUCUUUAAAGUGGCCUUACGUCGCCCCUUGUCAAUGUUAUUCAAGAUCAUGUUAUUAUGUGAGAAUGGCCGGAAGCCCCUUCAAUGAAUAAACAUUCUCUCCAUA